AUGAUCAGUCGCUUGUUUCAAGUCGGAACGUAAUUCGUGGUGGACGCACCGGAAGUGUGAGCAGCUUUCAUUGGAGCGAAGUUGGCAACGUUAACUUCACCAAUCAAUCUUGAAAAUGACGGACCGCUACAACAUCCACAGCCAGCUAGAGCACCUCCAGUCCAAGUACAUCGGCACCGGCCAUGCCGACACCAGCAAGUGGGAAUGGCUGGUGAACCAGCACCGAGACUCGCACUGCUCCUACAUGGGCCACUUCGACCUGCUCAACUACUUCUCCGUGGCCGAGAACGAGAGCAAAGCCCGAGUCCGCUUCAACCUGAUGGAGAAGAUGCUCCAGCCUUGCGGACCGCCCGCAGACAAGCCGGACGAUGCCUGAUUGGAGACACCUGAUUCCUGCCUUUUUUUUUUCUUGUUUCACGGAUACACGAGACAUUUGGACUCCUCAGUUUUUCCCCCUUCUUUUUGAUAUAUUGUUAUUAGAGUCCUUCGUGCAAGUUACAGAUGAUGUCUGUUGGUGUAAUAAAAGCGUUGUUUCUCUGCUCUUCA